CUUUGCAAAAACGCUGUUUUCACUGCUCAAACCCGUGACCCUUUGGUCACAAGGAGGCUGUUUUGCAUUAUGUCUGUAUUUGGUAUUUGGUAGAGGGACUUUCAAAUUCCGAGGGAUGGAGGCCAGUUUAGUAACAAAUGGUCACAAAAAGAUUAUCAGGUCGGCUUACAAAUGCACUCCAUGGAUAUCAAAUCUCUUGGGACUUGGAAGUCCCUCGUCCAUACAUAUAGCCUGAAACGGAUUUUGGAACAACAAUUCAGUCUCUGGUUGGGAACAAUGUGGAGUAAGUCAUCAAGUUUUCUUCACACCAAUAAAAUAGCUGCUGCAAAUUUGGUCGGAGGUCUUAGAUUCGCCACCGCUGCCGUCAACCGCUACAAUGGUUCAACCUCAAGGUCUCUCUUCGGGCAUGGCUAUUUCUUUCGCUGCCAGGAAAAAAUUCCUCCCAAUAGUAGGCGGACGCGGGGCCAAACCUACGGACAAUGCUUCGGGUUCGACCAACGCGGCCAUCCAUCUCCUUAUUCUAUGGAUCAUCCCAUGAAUAUGGCUCCUGCCCUUUUUGCCGUGGAAGAGUAUAACAAGAAAAAGAAUGCCAAACUGCAUUUUGUGAGAGUUGUCCACGCUAGGCAGAUGCUUUUUCAUGGUGAUUUCAUUCAAAAUGUAUACUUUGAUGCGGUUGAUGGGGGUGUGACCGAAAUGUACAAUGCAAGAGUUCAGAGCAGAUUCGGCUGCAAUAUGAAGCUGAUAUCAUUUGGCGGAGGUAACUGUUCUAUGCUAUGGUACCCUGUUAAUAUAUCAUUACGAAAGUUUGUUUCACUAAGGCGCAUGCUUAUUGAAUGUGUGAGGUCAGAGUGUGUGUGUGGUGAUGAUGAUCUCGGUUCCACUAAGAAAACCAACCUUGUAAGGAUCCUCGUGUACUUGAUCCGAAUGGAUGGAAACAUGCUCGUGUUAAUUUGCAAACGGUGAUUGUGCUUACGUGUGUUUUGCUA